AUGUCAUCUCCGUCGGAUUCCUCUUCCUGCACAUCUGAAAAUGAUCUAGAAAGUUUUACAGUUGACGAAGUGAUGGGGGAAUUGUCUGAAUUUGCGCCGUACGACGACAGUUGCGAACCCCUUGCUACCGAGGAAGAAGCCGCGGAGUACAACGAAAGAGUUCAUCGCGAAGAAGAAGAGGAACAACAGUUUCAGCGAAGAUAUUCGGGAGAGGUGCCAGCGAAUGAAUGGUAUGGUAUUAUCAUGGAAUGUAGAUUUAUAUUUUCCAAUUUCAACAUACCCGUCGUUAAAUCGUGCGCGUGAGGAACGCGACUGUGUGUUUUGUUUAAGUUUACAAUUUCGUUGCUAUGUGAUUAACUGUAGUCCUGAUUUUAUGCGAUAGUUUUAUUGAAGAGGUCAGACAAGUAAUAAUUUUAUACAGACGUAUUUUUCUUGUGUUUGACGAAUUUUUCACAUUAUUUUGCAGGUGUUCGUGCUCGAACUGCUCUGUCAGCCUUGUUACAAAAGCGCAGGAGUGCAUUUGCUGCAAAGAGAUCGAUCGCUGCGAAGAGGUCAUGGAAGAAGCCAUUGGAGACCGAACCUUAUGCAUAACCCUCCAUCCAGGGUUUGAAAGCGUCUGCUUAAACCGCCACGUAUUAGGAGUGGCUGCACUGGGCCUAAAAACGCGAGCUGGAAAGUCGUACACAACUGUUCGUGGGCAAAGCAACAAAAGUGAUAAUGAGUAAGUUGGGGUAUUGUUGACUUUGUAUCAGAACGAUCGAACCGUACGUAGCAUUGAAUAAUUGAUACAUCUAAGCUUAUCGCCGUGGACUGAUCUCAUAGAAUCACAUUUUUUAUUUUCUAAAUGGCUUUAUUGCCCCUACUGCUUAUUUUUAAAAGGAGUAUUUAUUUAUCUCCAUCCAAUCCCUCCUUGAAUUAACAGUGAUCUCAUUUCUUUAACUAGAUUCCCGAGGUCUGUGGCCUAUCGCCAAUUUACAAGACUGCUGUGGAGUUAUAUUGGUAGUUCCAGGCGAUACCCCUUGCCCUGUUGUGCCUACAAUAAAAUCAGGAAACAAUUUCCGAGUCAAAAUGGCCAUUAUCGUGGAUUCGAAGAUGAAGAAAAUGAAUAA